CGCUGAUCGUACCUACGUACUCAUCUCAUCCUUCAAUAAUUCGCAUAACUAUCUUCAACCAUCAUCAUCAUCAUCAUCCCUUUUUUUAUUCCUUUUUUUUCCCCUUCUUCUAGAUCAUCUCAUGUUACCCCAUUUGUAUUCUAUCCCGCCACCCACUUCCUUACCCCUCUAACCCCUCUAACCUCCCCUCCUUUCCUCCCCUCUUUGUGAAGUCUAACCCUUCCUUAACCCCUCUUUGGUAAAUCGGCUCACUGGGAUCACCGCCGGUAAUCCCUACUUAUGUCGUAGAUAAACCCACUAGUUAUUUGAUAAUCGGCCACCCGCCGCAAGGCUGGUCAUGACUUCAUUUCCAUGCGAUCCAAUUUGUGUGAGUGGGAUUGCCCGUCUAACUCCGACUAGAACUAGCCCCGGUGGAUCUUCAAAUCGAGCGCUGCCGUUGUUCCAGACCCCCUCUCACCUCCGUUCCCCUUCUUCCGUCCGUCACAAUGACGAGUGUUGGUUCAUUCGAACGUCUACAAAGUACAAAUAUAGAAUGGUUCGCGAAAUGCGCUCGCGAACCACUUCCGCGAACACAAGAGCUUCGCGCGGCAUCCUGAAUUUAAUGCUUCACGUUGCCAAGUCAGUUGAAGCCAGAUAGAAGACGGGGGAUGAAUCGUGCUUGGCUGUUUGACAGAUCAUCGCCCAGUCUAUCGGUAGCCUAAAGACCACACCCCAACAUCCCUAAAUUUCUGGCAAGCCUCUUGGCCUUCAUUGGAUGUCCCCUGGACCAAAUAGGUAAAGAAUAGAAGAAA